AUGGGCGACCUUGGAAACCGUCAAAGCCCGUUGGCAGGAGACAAGGUUUUGGUAUUCCUCUCAGCGCCGGAGGACACGAAAUGGACAAGCAGAAUCUCUGAGCGCUUUCCCGGCCUCAAAGUCUGCUGGGAGUCAAACUUGAGGCCCGGCGGCGGCUUUCUUCUUCCAGAUGAACUGCCGGAUGACGUCUGGGAAGGUGUAACGAUUUUCAUGGCCUUCAAUCCACCGGCAGCUCAUCGCUUGUCCAAAGUGCGCUUUGUGCAGUUGACCUCUGCAGGCGCAGACAGGUGGCUCGAUCACGAUGUCUACAAGGACCCUAAUGUUUCAUUUUGUACUACGAAUGGCUGCCACCCGCCGCAGAUCGCAGAAUGGGUCAUUGGUUCUUGGCUCGCACACCAGCAUCAUUUCCAGCGCUAUCACAACCACAUGAAGGAAGGGUUCUGGGAAGGCCCGAUGGAAGUAGACUUUGAGGAUUCCGUCGGACUCCGCAUGGGUGUCUUGGGUUACGGGGCGAUAGGUCGCCAGUGCGGUAAAGUUGCGCAAGCAAUGGGAAUGGAGGUGUACGCAUACACAAGAAGCGAGCGCGCAACGCCCGAGUCCCGCAAAGACGACAGCUACUGCGUUCCCGGCACUGGAGAUCCCGACGGACUGGUGCCUGCCAAGUGGUUCCACGGUGCAUCCAAAGACGCCAUUAACAACUUUUUGAGUCAAGACCUCGACCUAUUGGUCCUCGGUUUGCCUCUCACCGAAGAAAGUAAAGGACUCCUCGGCAAAGAGCAAUUCGAGAUCCUGUCAAAACGCAAAACUUUCGUUUCAAAUAUCGCCAGAGGUCCGUUGAUCCAGACAGACGCCCUCAUUGAAGCUCUUGAGGGUGGUAAAAUCCGGGCGGCUGCGUUGGAUGUUACGGACCCAGAGCCGCUUCCGAAAGAUCACCCACUGUGGAAGGCGCCAAACAUUUUCAUUACACCUCAUGUCAGCUGGAGAACAGAUGGGUACUGGGAGCGAGUUCUGGGGGUGCUGGAGGCCAACUUGGAGCGGAUAGAUGCUGGCAAGCCUCUGAUCAAUGUGGUCAACAAGAAGUUGCACUAUUAA